GCCAUUUGCUUCCGUGCGUCUGUCGCGCGAACAUCCAUAUCACGCGCGCGUACGGAAACAUGCUGACAGAGAGUCAACACGCGACAGCAACAACAACCAUUCCAUCUCAGCUAUUCGAGAAGGUAAAUAACAUCAUUAACAUUACAGAGACCAAUCGUCUCUGAAGUAAGUAAAGUAAUAAUAACAGUGCACAAGUCGGGUUCAGUGGCCGUCUUCGUCUUCGCCGUCGUCGUGGGUCGUGUGAGUGUGUGCCAGCUUUUGUGCUUUAACGACGGAGAGGCGCCCGAUCUCUUUUCCGCGAAUUUAAUAGUAAGAGGGAAGAGGGCAAUUGUUAUUCUUUCGGUGGACGACGAACUACACCCCUGGCAGCGCUGGAACAUCUAAGGCCGAUCGUGGCUUCCAUCAACACCCUGAUCGGCUCUUGCGAUACUAUGGAGGCAACCUAUUGCGUCGGGAACGACGUGGACGUCACCAGGAUGUUCGACCAGUACUUGUACAAGAGAUCUGAGAAUAUAGAUGUGUCGUUAAGCAUUUCUCAAUCAUUCCAAAGUAACGGCUACGGUAUGAGCGAUCAGACGUUUCACACUCCGAGCUUUGGCGACGAGGAGUUCGACAUCCCCUCGAUCAACCAGGAACAUCAGCAGCACCAUCCCACGCAACACCAGCAACAUUCCGGACCUGAUCAACCGGGAGGAGGUAUGCAAAACUACCAGUCCCAAGGGCAAAUUAACAAUCAUAUGCAACAAGAAAACUUGGGCAUGCAUGACCCUUCCGGUGGAUAUCAACAGCCUCUAUAUCUCUCAGGACCCGAUCAUG